AUGGCUGCCCGGCGACCGAACUUGGCACCUCUCUGGCUGGGCUCAGCUGUAACCGGACUGCUACCCAGGAUACCGAAAGUAUGCACAAGUUCCAUACCACCAGUUUCUCUUGAAGCAACCGUGUGGACAAUGUCCCCACAAUCAUUUAUGGAUCCGACCUUCCAUCGCAGGCCAAAUGUCCGCAGGAAUCUUUGCCUGGAGAAGGUGAUACCCCGAGAAGACGAGUUUCGCCUCCUCUACAUAACAGACUUCAACUCAGAAGAUUUUGCGACUGUACCCCUGUGCCCCUAUCCACCGUUUGGGGUUGCGAAACUCCAGGAGACUGCUCUUGAAGUGAGGCCACAUGUUUCGUGCGGCCAUAGUUUAGCCUACAGUCACUGGGUUUGGCAGCGCCAGCGAGUGGGAAGCAAGGGCCUAAAAGAUCAAGGGUUUACACUGACUCUUCAACAAUCGCGGGGUGGAUGUUUGGCCCUGUUGCGACGGAAUACUAAAAAUUGUCGAGACUUUGGAUUCACCAUUACAUCAGCCACCGUCAUGCAUGGGAUAAAUCCUUGGAUGAAGGGCUUUCCGACCUCGCUACUCGAAACCUUUUUCCAAUGGGUGCUCUUCAAUGAUGGAGUAAAAUCGAAAGACAAGAAUAUGUGGAAUCAUGAAUGGCUGCAACUAUUGCUCAACAUUGGGGUUGAAGAUACUGUGUCAAAUGACAACAGCUCGUCGAGUUCAUUGAAGCAUAGGCGGAGUGCUCAUGUAUCUCGUUGGCUGCAGUCCAAGGACUGCAAGCCUGGCAAUACUUCCACUCAAACUUUACAACCCUUUGCCUUGCACUUUUUGAAGCUUCUCCGAUCGAGAGACAAGUAG